UGGUUACGCAAAGUCUGAAUGAGGGACACUUCAGAACACAAAAGUGAAAGAGGAUAUUAACCUACCAUCAGCUGAAAUAAAUAGUUCUUCAUGUUUGUGCAAAGGCCUGUACUGAGAAGUACCAUGAAAGGAUCGCUGUUACUGCAUUUACUUUUCCAAGGAGUGCUGUUGUAUGAUGCUUUGGCAUGGGAAGUGAAAAUGCCCAAAGACAUUCACGGCCUCAAAGGUUCCUGCUUGGUUAUACCAUGUUCUUACUACUACAGCUCAAACCCACCCCAAAACCCAGGUAGAGUUGUGUGGUAUCAGUGGGUUUCUUUUGGCUACCCUUUAGUUUACGAUCCAUUGCAUCCAAAAAAAGUCAUUGAGAAGUUCAGAGGGAAAACGGAUUUAUUUGGAAGCUCAAGUUGGGAUUGCAGUCUACUGAUCAAAAAUCUGGAUCAGGUCCAUCAUGGAGAGUUAGUAUAUGCAUGGAUUGACCCUGAAAAUGUUGGCUGGCGCACAUUCAGGUUUUAUGAUGUCACCUCCAUAAUUCUUGUUAAUGCAAGUCCACAGCAGCCCAGCAUCAAGAUCUAUGGAGGUGUAUGGACAGGUGACACCAUUACAGUAGUGUGUUCGACUUUACACACGUGUCCAUACAGCAAACCAAACAUCACUCUCAACAACAUCGAAGGAUCUGAUGAAAUGGACAAUGAGCAUAUUGAAGACGGCCUGUGGAAAAUCACUCUGACACGCACAUCUGUCACAAAUGCAGAAAAUGCCACUAUUGAGUGUUCAGUAAUAUAUUAUGGCGGCAUAACAGUUACAGCUAUGAAGAGCAUAAACGCACAAUCUCCUGACCAUGAAGAAGCAGACGUGCCCGUUCCAAAUAAGACUGACUGGCUUUACAUCCUAGUGCCCUCACUUGUGUGCAUCCUUACUUGCAUACUUGCUGGUUUCAUACACAAGUUUCGACACAGACAGACCCCUGAGGAUGAUAUGCAAGGAUCUGAACAGAAGGUUGAGGCGUCGCUAGUGAGGGAAAAAGUGACAUUGAGUAUUGGGGGCCCAGAACUAUCGGAAGGUCCACAACGAUCCAUCAAAAGUGCCUUAGCAGUUUCUACCGAAAAGCUUUUUCUAACAACUGCAAUUUUGAGCGGGCAGGACUGUCUUCUCACGCUCCAGACAUCUGAGUACUGUACGGAGGACCUGGAAAACCCAGCGACACCCCGGUCUGCAGGUGAUGAGGGGGACUCACUUGAACAAAAACGUUUCAUUGUAGCAGAAUGAGUUUGCAAGAUCAAGAAGAAGCACUUUCACUCGUUCACUAAAAAACCUGAUAUACUAAUGUAAAGUUGUUUUCGUUCUUCGCUAAUAGGCAAUUAUUUGAAACUUCAGUUUCUAGUAUAAAGCAACUCUCCAGUGUCUUCAUGAAGCGUCUGAACUCAAUGGACCAGACAGAAGAAAUGAACUGAAGGUUUCAGUUUUUCAGAGUCUCUAAGCCACACCCACCUAUUAUGCCACGGACCAAUGGUAGUUCAGUGUUUACCAGCCACAGCAAACAUUUGCAUAAAUUUGCUUUGCAGAACAGUUUCAGAAUCAUGAAACGAAAACGCAGGGAUUUGUGUAUAAAAUCUUUGCAUGAAUUAACUUUCGUACUAAAAUAUAUUCUAAAUAAUGAAUAAAAUGUAGGAAUACCUGAAACCAUUGACACAAAGACCACAUACUCUGCUACACAUGCUCAUUUAUAACACUACUAUUACAUUAUCAUUAUAACAAGGAUAAGUGCAAAUUGUGAAUAAAUGGGAAGUUCUCCCAUGUAAAUAAAUAUGUAUGAUCCACAUUAAUUAUUCCUUAUUAGUGAAUAAGACCCGCUGUCAUAUGUUUUUGAUUAGAAGUUGUA